AUGAGCUACGGAACAGCCCCAACGAUCCCCGCAGAGUUCCAGCAAUACAAUUCAUACACAGAAGAUCCAAAGUGGCAGCGCAGGUUCACCGUUAUUUGGGCAUCGUGUGUUGGCGCUGCCAUUUUAUACUCUCUGCCCUAUCUUGUUCGCUCGAUACGCAACGGAAGAACUUGGCUGUGGUUUCAAGGCAUUGGCGAGGACUUGAGCGCCGAUGGGAGAUAUGAGUCUCUGAGGGAGAAUAAUAAGACCUCGGUACUUCCGGGAAAGAAACAGAAACGGAAAUGGAUCGAAGGUGUCCUAGGAACUAUUGGGAGCUUCACGUUGUGGACACCCCCGGUUCUUGGGCUGAACGUCGGGCAGAUCUUUCUGAUCCUCGCGUAUCUCUCCGUCGUGCUGGUAUGCAUCCUCGUCGACGUCCCGCUCAAAGACAACCCGAACCGGGCGGGAUUCCUCGCCCUCGCGCAGUUCCCGGUGGUCUUCCUGUUCGCCACGAAGAAUUCGUUGUUGGCGUUGUUCCUGGGUCCGGGGAACGGGUAUGAGAAGCUGAAUUAUGUGCAUCGGUGGUCGGGCCGGGUCAUGUUCCUCGGGGGGCUCAUUCAUGGGGCGCUGUGGAUCCGGAACCACUUGGAGUGGGGUCUGGAGAUUCUGGGGGAGCAGAAGGAGACGAGCGGGGUCGCGGCGUUUGGGGUGCUGGGCGUGCUUGUGUUGACGAGUGUGAGGCCUGCGAGGAGGCUUUGUUAUGAGGUUUUUUUCGUUGUGCACGUCCUUGGAUUCGUGGCGUUUUUCAUUACGAUAUGUUAUCAUACGACGUAUGCGUCUCCGUGGAUAUUCCCCCCGCUGGCGAUGUAUGGUCUGGACAUGCUCAUGCGUCUGUUCCGGUAUCGAAUCAAGGACGCUACCGUUGUUGCUGUCGAUAACCAGAUGACUAUCAUCCGGAUCCCGGAUUGCGACUUUGGGUGGGAAGCGGGGCAGCACGUCGUUCUGAGGGUGUUCUUCGCGGGGCGUGUGUUUGAGAGCCACCCGCUGACGAUCUUGGUGGCGCCUCCGGCGGUGUCGUGUGUUUCUGCGCUGCGUGGGAUCGUGCUAGGGGCGAGGGUGAAGGGCGAUUGGACGCGGGCGCUUAAUGCGUAUGCCUACGCGGAGAAGGAGACGCAUUGUUUGGAAGGUGGGGGGAAGGAGAAGGAGAGGAAGGGCGCGGGGGCGGGGACGGGGACGGACGUCGCGGUGCAGGUCAUGCUGGAUGGUCCGUACGGGGGGUGCAGUGUCGAUUUGGGAGAGUACGAGCGCGUGCUGCUGUUCGCGGGUGGGAGCGGAGCGACGUUCACGAUUGGGCUGCUGGAUGAUAUCGUGGGGAGGUGCGGCAGGCUCGGGAGGCCUCGUGGGGAGCGCACGAAGAGGGUCGAGUUCGUUUGGUGUGUGCGGUCCUUUGGUACGGUUUGGUUUCCCCCCCCCUUUUUUUUUUCCUUUUUGUUAGUUGUAUUGAACUCCGAAUCUUCAGGUUCGAUCGAGUGGUUCGCGCCUGUGCUUGUGGAUAUCAUGAACGCUGCUGAGCGUACGUUGGAGUUGGACGUGCACGUCUCGAUAUACGUUACGUGUUUGUGUGACCCCGAUGCCGUGCCGCCUAUCCCGAACUCGGACGUGAUCUUUGAGCGCCCGAGGUUUGGGAAGGUGCUUGGGGAGCUGGUUGCUCGUGAUGAAGGGGAGGAGGAGAAGGUGCGGUUGGGCGGGGGCGUGGGUGUGUGUGCGUGUGGGCCGGAGAGUCUGGUGAGGGAGGCGUCGAAUGCGGUUGCGAGGCUGGGGAUGGCGAGGAGUGGGGAGUUGGGCGGGGUUGCACUGCAUACGGAGGUGUUCGCUAUGUGA